UCUUUACCUCAUACCAUAUUGCUUUUCCCUUAACUUUAGACAAACCAGUCAUCCAUGGAAGAAUGAGCCAUUUACCAAAUUCCAGCAAUUUAUUUCUAAUUAUAAGUAAAAACUCUCUCUCUAAUUCUUUCAAAUCCAAACAGAGCUGAAAACAAAGCCCACUCACGCCACUCCUACCUCUUUGCUUCGGGGACUGCAAGUGCAAGUUUGCUCGCGACUCUCAAAGCAGCAUUCUGUAUCUGUAUAGCCAAAAAAUAUAUACUAUUUCUGCCUUUCUGAAUAUGCAUACAACUCAACCACUCACAACCCCAUAAACCAAUACGUAUGUUCUUUUCCUCCUCCAUUUCCUUAUACAUAUCAAUCUUCAGAACCUUUUUCUUUUGUUCAAAUUUCAUUAGGUUUUGAUCAGCUAAUUUUGUUUGUUUUAUCCUUUGUCUAUCUGGGCAGCUCGAGAAAUCAGAAAAAAUGAUAACCUUAUCAGAUUUCUAUCAUGUAAUGACUGCAGUGGUUCCACUGUAUGUAGCUAUGAUAUUAGCCUACGGUUCUGUCAAGUGGUGGAAGAUUUUCACUCCAGAUCAAUGUUCAGGAAUCAACCGUUUUGUUGCACUUUUUGCAGUCCCUCUUCUUUCGUUUCAUUUCAUUGCAAUGAACAAUCCUUAUGAAAUGAACUUUAGGUUCAUUGCUGCAGACACACUCCAAAAACUCAUUGUUCUUGCAGUUUUAGCUGUAUGGGCUAAUGUUAGCAAAAGGGGUUGUUUGGAAUGGACUAUUACACUUUUUUCCCUAUCCACUUUGCCAAACACUCUUGUUAUGGGUAUCCCUCUGUUGAAGGGAAUGUAUGGGGAGGAUUCCGGGAGUUUAAUGGUUCAAAUAGUUGUACUUCAGUGCAUUAUUUGGUAUACUUUGAUGCUCUUCAUGUUUGAAUACAGAGGUGCAAAAUUGCUUAUAUCUGAGCAGUUCCCAGAUACUGCUGGCUCAAUAGUCUCAAUCCAUGUUGAUUCUGAUAUCAUGUCAUUGGAUGGUAGGCAGCCUUUGGAGACUGAGGCAGAAGUUAAAGAAGAUGGGAAGCUUCAUGUUACUGUACGAAAAUCAAAUGCAUCAAGAUCAGAUAUUUUCCCAAGAAGAUCAGUGGGCUAUUCAUCAAACACUCCAAGACCAUCAAAUUUAACCAAUGCAGAAAUUUACUCUUUGCAAUCUUCAAGAAACCCAACUCCAAGAGGCUCCAGUUUCAAUCAUACAGAUUUUUACUCCAUGAUGGGAGGUGCCCGGAACUCAAACUUUGGUGCAAAUGAUGUUUAUGGACUUCCAUCUUCAAGAGGGCCAACUCCAAGACCUUCAAAUUAUGAGGAGGAAACUGGGAAUAAUGCUAAUAAGUCAAGAUUUUACCAUGGAAAUACACAGUAUCCAGCUCCAAACCCAGGUAUGUUUUCGCCUAACAACGGGUCAAAACCCGUUGGAGCAAAUGGAGGCAAGAAACCUAAUGGACAGCAAGAAGGUGGUAAGGAUCUUCAUAUGUUUGUUUGGAGCUCAAGUGCCUCUCCAGUUUCAGAUGUUUUUGGUGGCCAUGAUUAUGGAGCAUUAGACCAAAUUACUAAUGCUAAAGAAGUUAGAGUUCCUGUAUCUCCUGGCAAAGUUGAGGGUCAAAGAGAUUAUAGUCAAGAAGAAUACUUGGGGAGAGAUGAAUUCAGCUUUGGAAAUAGGGAUGUUAACAAUCCUGAAGGUGGUAAAUCUGGAGAUAGCAACAAAGUGAAAGUCAUGCCCCCCACAAGUGUAAUGACAAGGCUAAUUCUGAUUAUGGUCUGGAGGAAACUCAUCAGAAAUCCCAAUACUUAUUCAAGUUUAAUUGGCCUCACAUGGUCCCUCAUUUCAUUCAGGUGGCAUGUUGAAAUGCCUGCUAUAAUAGCAAAGUCCAUUUCUAUACUGUCUGAUGCAGGACUUGGCAUGGCCAUGUUUAGUCUUGGUCUUUUCAUGGCAUUGCAACCGAGGAUCAUAGCAUGUGGAAACUCCGUAGCAGCUUUUUCCAUGGCCGUUAGAUUCCUUACUGGUCCAGCUGUUAUGGCUGCUGCUUCCAUUGCUGUUGGCCUCCGUGGCGUUCUCCUGCGCAUAGCCAUUGUUCAGGCAGCUCUACCGCAAGGAAUUGUCCCCUUCGUCUUUGCCAAGGAGUACAAUGUGCACCCGGACAUUCUUAGUACUGGGGUUAUAUUUGGAAUGUUAGUUGCUUUGCCGAUAACACUCGUCUACUAUAUUUUGUUGGGACUAUGAGAAGGGCAGUAGAAGAUUAGAGCAUCAAACAUAUGAAGUUGGGAUCGCCAAACAAAGAGAAGAAACGGAAUUCAUUGGCCCCUUUCUGUUAAUUUGUCUUCUCUGUCUAGUAAUAUUGUAAAAUCUAUUUGGUACUUUGUAGUGAAUUUUCAGAAAAGAAAUAUGAUAUUCGCUAUUCAAGAAUCCCA